AUGUUCAUUGUCGAGAACAACAAGUUCGCCUACUCCCCCGGACAGCUCGCCAAGUUCUUCAACCCAAAGAGUCUCAAUGCUUUCUUUGCCGUCGGUGGUUUGGCUGGGUUGGAAAAGGGUCUACAGACAAACCGCGAGGGCGGUUUGAGUGUCGACGAAACCUUGGUGGGCUCGUCCGUUGCCUUUGAGGAGGUCGCGCCCAAGGGCGUGCCAAAAUAUGGAUCUCAUGGCGACACUGAACCCACCGUCAAGGGCGACAAUCCGGCCGCCGCUGCCGCUGCUGCCAAUGCCACAACUUCAACUCACGAUGCCGGUGGCGCCUUUGCAGACCGCAAGCGCAUCUUCAAGGAGAACAGAUUGCCAGAGAAGAAGAGCAAAUCGCUGCUGCAGCUCGCCUGGAUCACCUACAACGACAAGAUCUUGAUCUUGCUGACGGCCGCCGCCGUUGUAUCGCUUGCGCUUGGUCUGUAUCAGACCUUUGGUGUCACUCAUGAACCGGAGCCGGUUGCACCGGGCCAGCCCCCUGCUGAGGAGGGCGCCAAGGUCGAAUGGGUCGAGGGUGUGGCCAUCAUGGUCGCUAUCAUCAUUGUGGUGGUGGUUGGUACGCUGAACGACUGGCAAAUGGAACGGCAAUUCAACAAGCUCAACAAGAAACACAACGAUCGCACCGUCAAGGUUAUUCGCUCCGGCAAGUCUGCCGAGAUCUCCGUCUUUGAUAUUGUGGUGGGUGAUGUCAUGCAUCUGAGUCAAGGUGACAUGGUGCCGGUCGACGGCAUCUUCAUCAGUGGGCACGGAGUGAAAUGCGACGAGUCUUCGGCUACUGGCGAAUCAGACCUCUUGAAAAAGGUUUCGGGCGAGGAAGUGUACAGGAUCCUCGAGGCCAUCUCGAGAGGCGAAGAGGCACCACACGACAUCGAGAAGCUCGACCCAUUCAUCAUCUCCGGCAGCAAGGUCAAUGAAGGCACUGGCACCUUUUUGGUCACAGCUGUCGGUGUCAAUUCUUGCUACGGACGCACCAUGAUGUCCUUGCACACCGAGACCGAAGACACGCCUUUGCAAAAGAAGCUCAACCGCCUGGCAGAUGGCAUUGCCAAGUUUGGUGGUGGCGCUGCUUUGCUCUUGUUCGUCGUUCUUUUCAUCAAGUUUCUUGCCUCCCUCCCGGGCAGCCAGGAUACACCCGACCAAAAGGGCCAGACCUUCCUCCGGCUCUUCAUCACUGCUGUGACGGUCGUCGUCGUUGCUGUUCCCGAGGGUCUGCCACUGGCUGUCACCCUGGCACUUGCUUUUGCCACCACCAGGAUGAUGCGCGACAACAACUUGGUGCGCGUCUUGAAGGCUUGUGAGACGAUGGGCAAUGCGACGACAGUAUGCUCCGACAAGACCGGUACUCUCACACAAAACAAGAUGACAGUGGUAGCGACAACACUCGGCAAAAGUAUCAGCUUUGGCGGGACCGACGCCCCUCUGGAUGACGACCCUGGCAUCAAGACCGAAAAGUCCGCUGCCAACACGGUUCCCAACGUUCCGAUUACCGAAUUCACCCAGAGCUUGAGCAACACGGUCAAGAGGCUUCUUGUGCAGGCAAACGCUGUCAACUCGACUGCUUUUGAGGGCGAAUCUGAAGGCGAGAAGACAUUUGUUGGGUCCAAGACGGAAGUUGCGCUGCUUGUCCUCAGUCGCGAUCACCUCGGCUCCGCCCCUGUCCAGGAGGAGCGGGCCAAUUCCAACGUUGUCCAGGUUGUCCCUUUCGAUUCGGCUGUCAAGUACAUGGCAACCGUCGUCAAGCUCCCCGACGGCAGGUUCCGCGCAUACGUCAAGGGUGCCUCCGAGAUUCUGUUGGGCAAGUGCUCCAAGGUUAUCGCCGAUGCCAGUUCCGAGGAGCUUUCCGCCGUGGACAUGACGGAAGACGACCGCGAAAUGUUCGCCGAGACCAUCACUUCAUAUGCCGGCCAAACCCUCCGCACAAUUGGAUCCUCGUACCGCGACUUUGAGUCCUGGCCGCCCCCGGAAUUGGCUGGGCAGACGGAGCUCACAGCGGCUGAGUUCGACAAGGUUCACAAGGACAUGACACUCCUUGCCAUCUUUGGCAUCAAGGACCCCCUGAGACCCACCGUCAAGAAGGCUAUCGAGGACUGCAAGCGUGCUCACGUCAAGGUUCGCAUGGUCACAGGCGAUAAUCUGCUCACCGGUCGCGCUAUCGCCAAGGAAUGCGGUAUUUACAACCCCGAGGAGGGCGGCAUCGCCAUGGAGGGCCCCGUUUUCCGUCGCAAGACCCCUGAGGAGUUGAAGGAGCUCGUACCCAAGCUCGAGGUGCUCGCCCGUUCCAGUCCUGAGGACAAGCGUAUUCUGGUCAAGACGUUGAAGGAUCUCGGUGAAACGGUUGCUGUCACUGGCGACGGUACCAACGAUGCCCCGGCUCUCAAGAUGGCUGAUAUCGGCUUUGCCAUGGGUAUCGCCGGUACUGAAGUCGCCAAGGAGGCUGCCGCUAUCAUUCUCAUGGAUGACAACUUUGCUUCCAUUGUCAAGGGUAUCAGCUGGGGUCGUGCGGUCAAUGACGCCGUCAAGAAGUUCCUGCAGUUCCAACUCACGGUCAACGUCACCGCCGUGGUCGUCACCUUCGUUACAGCAGUUGCCAGCGACAAGGAAGAAUCCGUCCUCAACGCUGUUCAACUUCUUUGGGUCAACCUCAUCAUGGACACGUUUGCCGCCCUUGCCCUUGCCACUGAUCCUCCCACCGAUUCAAUUCUCAACCGCGCUCCCGACAAGAAGACGGCCCCGCUGAUCAACACUCGCAUGGGUAAGAUGAUCAUCGGUCAAGCCAUCUGCCAGCUCGCCAUUACGCUCGUCCUGCAUUUUGCCGGUCCCACGUUGAUGGGCUACGAUAUGACCAACCUCGAUCAGCAAGAGCACAUGAAGACCCUCGUGUUCAACACGUUUGUCUGGCUCCAGAUCUUCAACCAGCUCAACAGUCGCCGUCUUGAUAACCACCUCAACAUUUUUGAAGGCAUUACUCGCAACCGGUUUUACAUCGUUAUCAAUCUGAUCAUGAUCGGUGGCCAGGUCCUCAUCAUCUUCGUGGGCGGUGCCGCCUUUGGAAUCCGUCCUCUCACCGGAAAGGAGUGGGGCAUGUCUAUUGGACUGGGUGCCAUCUCCGUCCCCUGGGGUAUCCUGAUUCGCAAGUUCCCUGAUGCGUGGGCCGCCGCCUUGACUCCUCACAUCAAGUUCCCCAAGCUCCGUCUCCGCAAGAGCAAGAAGAAGGAUGACUUGGAGAAGACGUCGGAGGAUGCUGAAGCGCAGAAAUCAAAGGAUAUCGCAACGGAUAGCGCGAGCGAACGUUUUGGCCCGCCAUUGAGGACGCUGACUAGUAUUCGCGGCAAGCGGGCCUCGACACAUAUUCGCCGGGGUUUCAGAGAGUACAUGCACGACAAGAAGACGCAAGUCAAGGACAAGGUUGCCGGAGGGAGCACCACCAAUGUUGCUCCCGAAGGGGCUGCGCCAGUGAAUGGCACAGGAGGGGUUGCAAAGAAGGCCUAG